AUGGCACGUUCACCACCAUCCUUGAUCCUUGCAGUAUUGGGAUUACUGCUGAUGACUACAACGACAACGACACAUGCACGUUCUUGGCAAUUAAAGACAACCCAUCAAGGUCCAUCAUUUUUUGAUGGCUUUUCUUUUUUCAAUUACCCUGAUCCAACACAUGGCUUUGUGGAUUACGUUGAUCAACAUACGGCGACAAGGCUUGGUUUGCUAGAUUUUGACGAGGAUGAGGAUGAUGAUAUUGUGGUGAUUAAAUCAGGUGCUGCAUCAGCAAAGGGACGAUCCUCCAUUCGUCUACAAUCGGAUACCACCUAUAAUCAGGGUCUUUUCCUAUUUGAUGUAGAGCACAUGCCAGCUGGUUGUGGUACAUGGCCUGCAAUAUGGCUCAAUGGUCCAGACUGGCCCAACGGAGGUGAAAUUGAUGUUGUCGAAGGCGUGAAUUUGCAAAAGCGCAACUUGAUCACCUUGCACACUGGCCAAGCAUGUGAAAUUGGCCAAAGCAUAAAUCAACAUACACCAAAGCCCACAGGCCAUGUUCUCACAUCUAAAUGCCAGCUCAAUUCCCCAGGCCAACAGCCCCAUCAAGGAUGCACCGUGGAGUACGAAUCAAGUCAUUCAUAUGGUCGUACGUUUAACAACCAUGGUGGUGGUGUUUUUGCCCUUCAAAUAGAUCAUGAAGGUAUCCAAAGCUGGUUUUUUGACCGAAGCCAUAUCCCAGAUGACAUUGAGGAUAAUGUACCCAUAUUGGAACCAAGCCGUUGGUGGGCUGAUGAUCAUUAUCGACCCGCCGCAUUGUUCCCUUUUGAUGGUAUUCAUUGUAAUGCUACCGCAUUUCAUGACCUGCGUAUCAUUAUCAACCUUACGUUUUGUGGCGAAUGGGCUGGUCAACCUGAAGUAUACCAUCAAGAUUGCCCAGGCUCUUGUGUCGAUUAUGUAAAAAAUGCUCCGUUGCCUGAGGCUUAUUGGCGCAUUAGAUCUGUCAAGGUGUAUCAAUGA